GUUGAAGGGAGAGAAAAAAAAAAGACUUCACCUCCGGGAAUUUUCCCUUCCAUUCCUGAGAGAUCAUUGUUGACACCUCAGCGCCCCCAAUGCCUGAUUUCAACUCCACCUGUCCCUGUCAUCAUUGAUUGUUCUGUUCCGAUUCACCGCCCUUCGAGAUCCCUUUCGAAGCUUUCUGUUCAAGCUUUCAUCUGAAAUUACCAACUGGUUAGUUUUUGUCUUCUUCCCUUCCCUUCCGUCUGCUCCCCCUCCGGUCAGUCUCUCUCCCUUCUAUAAACAACGAUGGGUCUUACAUCCUCCCAGCCUGCGCCUGAGACUACAAACGGGCUCAACGAGGGAACACCAGACAGUAUCGAGAUCCCCUCGAGUCCUCCACUCGACACGUCCGUGCUCAGUCAAGCCAAGCGACUUCUGCAGUCGGAAAUUGACGAGAUGGCGUCCGCCAAGCGCAAGAGAAACAGCACGGGCUUGAAUGCCACCCCCAAUGCUGGCGGGCGAACCGGCUUCGUCCCGCAGACCCCUCAAACACCUCUCACCAACUCCUCGGCCACCCACCCCGCGAAGCGCAAGAAGGUCAAGGGCAGUGAGUCGUCGAAAAAGAAGCCGAAGCGAGAGCAGCAACGCGAGGAAUCCCAAGAGCUUCCGUACAUCAGCAGCCCGGCUUCCGCCAAGCGGACUUCCGCGACGAUCGCGGCCAAUGGCCACCACCACCACCACCAUGAUGCGCCUUCCGCGGUGCCAGAGACCCUUGAACCCGAGAUUCCGAUCGACCCGGCCCUGAGGGGCGAGCCCGUCGCCAUCCCCAAACCCCAGGACCACGUGAUGCAAGAUGCCGACCAAACCGAAAUCGCGACCCCCCGGCCUCAAAAAGAGCUGACCCGCGUAUCAUCGGCGCCCAGCGCCUUGGCUCGGCAGAAGAAGGGUCGACGCGUGCAAGCGGAUGACGACGACGCCGACGACGACGACGCCGACGACGCCGACAGCAACAGCAACAGCAACAAGAACAAGAACCCCGCCGGUAAGACGGGCUUCUUUUCGCCCGACGAAAUCCAGAAACUCGAGGCCUUCAAGCUGGAAUUCUGCACCAUGAACGGCGUGGAGGCGGAUACCUUCGACAUGAUGGUGCAGCACUCCGUCCGCGAGCGACAGGAACAGUGGCCGGUGCACACCGACAUCAUCACGAAGCCGGACUUCUGGGCGAGAAUCUACGAGAUCAUUCCGGACCGGGCCAAGAGAUCCGUCUACCGAUUCAUGCGCCGCCAUUUCCAGUGUUCCUCCCAAAAGCCCCACCACUGGACCCACGAGCAGGACGAGGAGCUCAUCUCGCUGCACAGAUUGCACGGGGCCAAGUGGGCCUACAUUGCCAAGAUGAUCGGCCGCAGCGACGACGAUGUCGUCCAGCGGUGGAAGAACCGUCUGCAGCAUCGUCGCACGAUGAACCGCGGCUCCUGGUCGGAGCAGGAAGUGCAGGACAUGAUGGACGCUCUGCAAGAGGUCUGGCAUACCAUGAAAGCUACCGGGGUUGAUGUCGGCCAGGAUGUCUACGAGUUGGACGAAGUCUACAUCGCUUGGGGAGUGGUCAGCGACAAGAUGAACAACUGCCGUUCUCGCCAGCAGUGCGCGGACAAGUGGCGGAAACUCAGGGCCAAGGUUUUGAACCAGCGCAGGAAGGAAAACCCUGAUGCGUUUCAUGACUCCGCGGUUGUGAAAAAGUCGGGUGGAAGCCGCCGGAGCAAGUCACGGGCCGUGAGUACCCCUCAGCAGAAGCCUAACCAGAAGUUCAAGAGCAAGGAAAUCGUGGAGUCGGAGGAUGAAGACGGGAGCCAGGAAGCGCAGAAAGCGGCGGAGAAGAAAGACGCGCAAGAAUCGGAGGUGGUUGAGGAGUCAGAUCAAGAGGAAGAGGAGGAAGAGGAAGACGAAUCCGCUGAGCCAGAAGUCCCCAUCAAGCAUGAGCGGCAUUCAAUGGAACUAGAUGAUGCACACAUGUCACCACCAUCCAAACAGCCCGCUGAGGCCAUCCGUCAUAUCACUAAUACAGACUCGCGCGAGGAUUCCGUUGCCGAUGAACUUAGCGAUAGUUUAGUCGAUUGGGCCAUCAAGGAUGAGCGCAGACAAAAGCCUGACUCGGAGUCAGAGGAGGAGGAGGAAGAGGAGGAAGAGGAGGAGUCGCCUAGCCCUAACGCCAAACGGGAAGUCAAGCCCAACCUUGGCGACGCAGAGUCCGAGAGCGAGAGCGAGAGUGGCAGCGAAAGCGACGAGAGCGAAGAGGAGAACUACUCCACUCCACCCAGUGGGCAGAGAUCCGCCAACCUCAAAGUGACCUCCCCCAACACCGUCACCAAGUCGUCCCAACAGCAGCAGCGAGGAGGCACCAUCAAACCUCGAAGCCCCUCGGCGGUGGCCAUCAAAUCCAGAAAGUCACCUUCCCCCACCGCCUCCGCCACUUCGUCGGAGGACGAAGACGAAGAUGAAGAGGAGGAAGAGGAGGAAUCCGGCGGCAGCGACAGCGAUACAAGCAGCACCGGCGGCGACUGGCCCGCCAAACCCACUGCCACUGCCGCAGCCACCACCACCACCACCACCCCUAACCGCAAACCCUCCACCAACUCCUCCCCCAUCACCACCGCCAAACGCACCGUCACCACCAUACAACCCACCAAGGAACCCCAACAACUCCCGACCAAACCCACCGUCACGCACUCCAAACGCACCAAUCCCACGCCUCCCGAAUCCGACCCCGAAACCGCCUCCGAAGAUGAAGGCGACGCCUCCGACGAAGAUGCCUCCGAUACCACCUCCUCCUCAUCCAAAGAAUCCUCCCGCGCCCCCAAGCAACAACCCCAACCCCAACCCCAACCGCAAAGACCCUCAAUCCCCACCCGCCCCUCCUUCGGCUCCAGCUCCCAACCCACCCGGCCCCCCGGCCACCGCCUCAGCGUCAAAGAACUCCGGGACGCCAGCCUCAGCAAGGCGAACAGCAACCUCAAGGCCCCCAAGCCCAACACGCUGAACGACAUAAUGAGCGACGCGAAGUCGCGGGCCAAGGCGGAUUCCUCGUCGUCGGAUGACGAUGAGUCCUCCGAUUCAGAUUCGGACUCGGAUUCGGAUUCCGAGUAAAAGCUUCGGGUGGGGUCUGGGUAGACGGCCGGACGAACGGUGUAUGCGUUUUGGAGCCCGGGCGCGCGUGCUCGGUUGCUUGGUAUGGUUGAUUUGAUUGAUUGUGGUUUUCUGUCGUGUUGAAGGGAUCAUAUGAUUUCUUCUCCCGGAUGGGAAUGGGAAUGGGAAUGGGGAGGAGGGAGGGAGAGUGUAAAGAUGAUGAU